AUGGGCCAGUUCACGCUCGGCCCUGCUACCAAGCAGACUGUCACGACCGUCACCACAUACACCACUGUACAGCUUCCGCCGCUGAUCAUGGAGCCUCCCAAAGACCUCGAGGAGCGAGAUCCGAAGCAGUACCCGCUCGCCCACACACCCACCCCGGCCAGCAUGAGAGAUUUCGAUUUCCAGUUUGGUGGCCAACCUGUGGCCUUCCACGAAGCAGAAGAUACGGCCGCUGCUGCACGCCAGCACACUGAUCUUCAAGGGAGGAUGCUGAAGCACAACGGCACUAUACGCCAAGAGGAGGAGCAUACUGGGUACCACACACCUGCUCAGAGCGUUCACAUGCCAUCGUAUAGCAGAGAUAUCUCAGGAGUACGUGCUGUGAGCGCUACAAAGAGGAAAGGAGAGACUCCUUUGACAGCAGACGAGGCGGAGCUGGCGAGCUUAUCCAGGAGGACCAAGAAGCAGCGAUCGUCUCUGCACCGCACUCACUCUGAAAUGACCGAGGUUCCAUCUCUGAACGACAGAAGUGCAGCCAGGUCGUUUCCAGCACCUGCAAACCCUCUUCCCGUCACACCAGAUACCGACGUCAUGGGGGCGCCCAAGGCCGGUGCCAGCAAGAUUGGUCUUGGCAAGAGCAGAAAUUUGGUGCGACCGUCUCAUUCGCGUAUUCAAGAGCUGCAGGAUGCAAGAGAAGAUGUACGUGCCGUGGAGAGCGAUCUUGAAGAAGAGUCGAGAGACCAAGAGGUGGGGUGUGGUCGGAAGCAAUCUAAGAGAGCCAGGACCGGAGAUCACACUCUGCACGGCAGCAGUCGUCCACGAAACGGAGCGACUGCCACGCCACCGCAGAUCGACUCUGACAUGGAGUCGGAUGGCGAACAGGACAAAUCGUUUGACGAGCCGCCUCGGAGGCCCACAGUGUCGAGCAUCGUGACAAGUUCUCAGCAAGACGCCAGCUUGCCUAGCCCGAGCUUGUCACCGAUAACAGCUGCUGCCAACCUCGCGUCUAGGAAUGCUUUGGAUCGAUCGUUUGCGGACCACAACGAGGAGAACGAUAGCGUCGUUAGCAACCUCGACCUCGAAGAAGACAGGAAGACCCAAAGCACCAAGUCUUUUGAAUCACAAUCGACAAACAGAUCAGGCAGGCUACCCGCACCGCUGAGCCUUCAGAAUGCUGCGUUUCAACCCUCACCUUCACAACACGGACCGACUGUCAUGGACAUACCCACCAUGUUCACAGCUUUCGACAACAUGCCAGAAGCCCUGCAGACUUAUGUCAUGUACCAACUUUUACGACGAUGUGCGAAACCCACACUGCAAAUGGUUGCCAACGUGGUCAACCCAGCAUUGAAGUGUGACCCCUUCAGCAUACUUCCGCCAGAGCUGGGCCUCAAUAUCACGCGGUUCCUGGAUGCACAGAGCAUGUGUAGAGCUGCACAGGUAUCUAAGAGAUGGAGAAAGAUCAUCAACUCGGACGAGAAGGCCUGGAAGGACCUGCUCGACCGCGAUCAAUUUGCCCUACCUGACGGCGAGAUUGCCAGAGCUGUUCGAGAGGGUUGGGGCUGGCAACAUCCUGGCCUGCACGGCUACGAGCAAGAUCUCAGCACCAUCCAUCUCAGCCAGGCCUCCGAGUCUGUCGAUGCGACCGUUGUUAGCGACGACGAGCUGACUACGUCUUCCACGCUCACAUCAAGGAGCAUGAAGAAGAGGUCGAUCGUCAAAGCCUCGAGCUCCAUCAAGAAGGCAAAGCGACGCCCCGCACAAGCUUCGUCUGCUGCCACUAAACCAACUGCAACUCCGAAUGGCAAGUGGCUAAAACUGUUCAACUCCGCCAAGGGCGCUAAUUCAUUCGCCCGGGCCGCGACCCAAGCUGUGCCGUACCCAAAUGUUGGGUUGGAGAGCCUUCGUAACAUGCACCUCUUCAAAUCGCUUUAUCAGCGACACUACCUGAUUCGCGAAGCCUGGAUGGACAAAGAGAGCGAGCCGAAACAUUUGGCUUUCAGGGCUCAUCAUCGACACGUGGUUACGUGCCUCUUGUUCGACAGCGACAAAAUCCUUACCGGCAGUGACGACACGAAGAUCAAUGUCUACGACACCAAGACAGGAGCACUGCGCACCAGACUCGAGGGACACGAAGGAGGCGUGUGGGCUCUUCAGUAUGAGGGCGAUAUCCUUGUCUCUGGCUCCACGGAUCGAAGCGUGAGGGUUUGGAACAUUAAGACCGGCAGACUUUUGCAGACAUUCCACGGUCACACGUCAACAGUGCGAUGUCUGGUCAUCUUAAAGCCUGUGCAGGUCGACACCGAGCCCGACGGCACUCCAAUCAUGAUGCCGAAGGAGCCAAUAAUCAUCACUGGAUCUCGUGAUUCUACUCUGCGAGUGUGGAAGUUGCCAAAGCAUGGCGACCCCACCAUCCAUCAGGCCGGCCCUCCAGCGAACGAUCGCGACAACCCUUACUUCUUGCGCACCUUGACUGGCCACCAUAACUCAGUUCGUGCCAUCGCUGCGCACGGCGAUACCCUUGUCUCCGGCUCAUACGACUGCACUGUUCGCGUUUGGAAGAUCUCGACGGGUGACUUGGUGCAUCGUCUGCAAGGCCACUCGCAGAAGGUGUACAGCGUUGUGCUUGACCAUGCUCGCGGUCGCUGCAUCUCAGGCUCGAUGGAUAACCUCGUCAAGGUCUGGGCUCUGGACAGCGGUGCUUGCCUCUACAACCUUGAGGGACACACUUCGCUCGUUGGUCUCCUCGACUUGAGCCAUGACCGUCUUGUCUCUGCCGCAGCGGACAGCACUCUUCGGAUUUGGGACCCUGACAAUGGCGCUUGCAAGGCGACCCUUUCGGCACACACUGGAGCCAUCACUUGCUUCCAGCAUGAUGGCCAGAAAGUCAUCUCUGGUUCUGAUAGGACGCUGAAGAUGUGGGAUGUGCGCAAUGGUAAUUGCGUUCGGGAUCUUUUGACUGAGCUGAGCGGCGUUUGGCAAGUUCGCUUUGACGAGCGACGAUGCGUUGCGGCCGUUCAGCGGAACUCGUUGACGUACAUUGAGGUUCUGGAUUUUGGAGCUUCUCGUGAUGGCGUCCCCCGAAACCAGCUUGGCCGCCGUGUCGUCGUGGACACCAAAGGCCGCGAGACGACCGAAGUGGACAUAGUCGCUGCAGAUCAGGAGGUUGAUGCUGAUAUGGCAGACUAG